UGGGGCUUUGACGACCCGCUCGCAGAGUGGUUCGUUCAUGGAGGAAGUGAGGCGGCUCCACGCGCGCUUGCUCCGGCGCGGGGAGCGCCGCCUGCAGCCGCUCCUCCUCCGCGUCCUCGCCGCCGGCGACCUCCGCUACGCCGCGCUCCUCCUCGCCACCUCCUCUCCUCCCUCCGCGACGCUCCACGACCGCCUCCUCCAGGCGCUGGCCGCCUCGCGCAGCCCGCUCCUCCUCCGCUCCUUCUCCCGCGCCCACCGCCUCCGCCUCCUCACCCCUCUCUCCUUCACCUUCCUCCUCUCCGCCGCACCCCCCUCCUCUGCGCCCUUCGCGCUCUCCGCCCACGCCCUGCUGCUCAGGUCCGGCCACCUCGCGCCCGGCGACCCCUUCCUCAGCUCCGCGCUCGUCUCCUUCUACGCCAGGACCCGCCUCCUGCGCGACGCCAGGCGGGUGUUCGACGAAAUGCCGCGCGGGGACACGGCCGUCAGCAACGCGCUGCUCUCGGCCUACGCCAGGGCCGGCCUCCUCGACGCCGCGGAGAAGCUGUUCGGGGAAAUGCCGGACCGGAACGUGGUCUCCUGGACCGCGAUGGUGUCCGGGUACGUGCAGAACGGCCGGCACGAGGAGGCCGUGGGGGCGUUCCUGGAGAUGUGGGAGGGGGCAGGGGUGCAGCCGAAUGAGCUGACGGUGAGCAGCGUGCUGCCCGCGUGCGCGGCUGUUGGGGCCAUGGAGCUGGGGAGGAAGGUGGAGGAGUACGCGAGGGGCAAAGGCCACCUGGUGAAUGUGUAUGUGGCCAAUGCACUGCUGGAGAUGUAUGCCAAGUGUGGCAGCAUCCAGAGAGCUUGGCAGGUGUUUCAGGGGAUCGGUCGUCGGCGAGAUCUCUGUUCUUCGAACUCAAUGAUCAUGGCAUUCGCCUUGCAUGGCUCCUGGAGGGAAGCACUUGCCUUGUUCCAUAAGUUGAGGAUGACAGGGGCUAAACCAGAUGGUAUCACAUUUGUUGGAGUCAUUUUGGCUUGCACUCAUGGAGGUUUGGUAGAUGAAGGAAAGCUACUCUUCAACUCCAUGGAGGCCGAAUUUAGUCUUACUCCAAGAAUUGAGCACUAUGGUUGCAUGGUUGAUCUGCUUGGGCGUGCUGGUCUCCUGAAUGAAGCCUACAGUAUGAUAGUAAGCAUGCCAGUGGAGCCUGACGCCGUCAUCUGGGGAGCCUUGCUCGGUGCCUGCAGCUUCCAUGGAAACGUAGAACUAGCGGAAACAGCAGUAAACAAACUCAUCUUUCUUGAGCCACAAAACACUGGAAAUCUGGUGAUCCUGUCAAACAUAUACGCGUCGUCUGGAAAAUGGGACGGUGUUGCCCAGGUAUGGAAGUUACUCAAGGAGAAAGACCACAAGAAAUCAGCUGGGUACAGCUUCAUAGAGCUAGAUGGCAGGAUGCACAAGUUCCUUGUUGAGGAUAAGUCACAUCCAAGAUUUGUGGAGGUGUACAGCACCCUUGACAGUGUCACAAUGCUCAUGAAGCUUGUCGGACUAGAAAAUGAGGAAGAAGCGGAACAGCUGUUUCUGUCACCUGUAGAGAUCUAAAUUCCUAGAGAUGUGAAGAGACUGUGAUCAUAAAAGUGAUCUGGGAUUUCCUAUGAACUGCUCUGAUCUGAUCUUCCGAGUCAAAUUGAUGUAGCAAGGGAUUUUUCAAAAGGUGGCAACAGAAGGAAUGCCAAAUCAAGUCAGUGCGUAGCACCACCUGGGCAUCGACUCUUCUCUUCUUGCUGCUAUAAAUCAAAAUGGUCGUUCAUGCUGUGCUUGCUAUUAAGAUGCACAGACCACCGAGAAUUGCAGACGAAGCAUAUAAUUCCAAGAUACAGCCCAACAAGGUACGUUUAUUCUUGAGCAGAGGCGGAGCCAAUCCUCUGUUCCCUUUUGGAGCUUUGGCAUCUGGCAAGUUAUAGCUGCAACCUGCGACGACGCCGAGGUGAGUUUUCCCAAAAGAACAUCAUUGCCAGUUGCUCGGAAGGUGCUGUUGCGUAGUGGAGAGGAGGUUGACCUGCAGAGCCUGGACCUCUCGGGGUCACCGGCGGUAGCGCCACCAGUGAUCUUGAGAACCAGACUAUAGUCCCAACAAGGUACAUCUCGUUUCAUGAAUGAGGCGAUCCCUGUAAUAACACGUUCCCUCCUGAUGUGUUCGAUUGCAGUUUAUUACUCAAUUUUGAUUUAUUAUUGAGCUGGUAAAAGAAGUAGCAGAUAUAGAGAGUUUGUUUAUAGCCCCCGUGCACAUGCAGGAUGUAUCCAUUAUCUGGACUGGCCUUUUUUUUUUGUCAAGAUCUAUGUUGGAAUCUUGGAAAUUGUUUGCUCGUUUGGAGAACAUAAUAAAAAUGGCUAGACAGGACUCGAAAAAAAAUGGCUAGAAUUUUCUUUGCCGCAACAUGUCAAUUUCUAGUUAUUUUUGGGGUUUUGCUAAAUGUCACGUGGCUGAAUUUUUUGCUGGCGUCAGUUGAAUUUGGUCGAGGCCAAUGAUAGGGGCGACGUGAGGAGCGCAGUGAUGUUGACCCUGGCGUGGCCGAGCCAGGACCUCGCUGGAGACAGGACAAUGCUGCGAAGGGCAGCAAGCUGUGGUGUCCAGGCUAAGGUGAGGAAGCAGGUUGACGGGUGCGGGUCAAGGA